AUGGAAACCAUACAUUGGGUUCAUCGCGUGAAGGAUAGUCCAGACAAAGACCCAGCUUGCGGGUCGUUCUUUGUUGAGCAAUCAUUAUGUUGGGCUUCGCCACCAGCGAUAUCAGUCCAAGCAAGAGACUUAACACAAAUUGCCGGUACUAGUUCGUGCCUACCGUGGUUGCUCUAACGAUCAGACUGUUCCCGGAUGUAAAGCUGUAGAAAGCGUUCGCGACUGUCAGUAAUGUUUACAAGCCGUGCGCAGCGGAAGUCCUUUCACCUUGUUUCACGCCCGGACGCACUGCCUCAGGAUAGGGGCCUAGCCCAUAUUCUCGCUUCCCCCGUGUUGUGGGGGCCCCACUUUGCUGGCACUCACUCACUCAUCUCCCCCGUCUACCCCGCCACGCAAGCCGGAAGUGUCCCCUCCUAUCCCUUCUCUGUGCAAGGCACGCAUUUCCGCUUGACGUGGGCUCUACCAUGCUUUCUGGAGCGGAAACACUGUAUGGCCAAGGUGCUAAAGCAGACCACCAACAUGCCUCAAGAUAGAUCCUCGCCCAGCUGGUACCACAAGGAGAGGGUCCGCUCAAGGAAUAUCUCUUCAUUAUACAACCCAUAUACGUGCCUCCCUGAAAACCUACAUCGACGAGAACAAUCGACAAGAGAGAAGUUGUGGACCUCUACCAGCCAACGCGAACUUGGGGCUACCCAGUUGCUCGCCCAUACCAGAGGCAAUCAUCUGUCCUGCAUGUGCUUUUCCAAUGCUAAUACGUGGGCAUGGCGGAUGAAUGUGUAAGGGACUUUUGUGCUACAUGGACACACACUCCGAUCUGCUGGGCGCGGAACAAACUGUUGACUGACAUAUCGUCAAUGACCACAGAGAUUUCAAACCCUAAAUAGUGGCAUAGGAGAGCACCAGGCACGAUCCAGCCACUGUCAAGAGUCCGCUCAUCUGCGGUGCCACCGGUUCGACCGAUGAUCCA